UUCGCCUUUUCCUCUUCUAUUUCUUGUAGAAGUUCCAACUCUCCCUGCAUUUUCAAACCCACUCCAACUUCCAUUUUCCAGAGAGAGAUCUAAGAAAACCGCUGCCUGGCGUUUGCAGUUUCGAUGGCGUUUGAUCGCGCUUUUAUCCGUUUUGUGAUAUUCUCUUUGGCAGUUUCAUCUCUUCGGCAAGUUCGGAGUCAGGAACCGAAAGAUUCCGACCGAGUGUCAGGUUUGCCGGGACAACCUCCGGUGAAUUUCCAGCACUACGCCGGAUACGUCAAAAUCCGGCAAGAAGACGAGAAGGCGCUGUUCUAUUGGUUUUUUGAGGCGGAAAGUGGAGUUUCAGAGAAACCGCUGGUGCUUUGGCUCAAUGGAGGUCCAGGCUGCUCAUCUGUUGCAUACGGUGCCGCGCAGGAGUUGGGUCCGUUCCUCAUCAGAAACAACCGAUCGGAGCUUGUCCUCAACAACUUCUCUUGGAACAAAGUUGCAAAUCUUCUAUUUGUGGAAUCACCAGUAGGAGUGGGCUUCUCUUACACAAACAAAUCAGAGGAUAUAGAGCAAUUAGGGGAUAAGGUUACAGCCGAUGAUGCACAUGCCUUUCUGCUUAGCUGGUUCAAGAAGUUUCCCACUUUCAAAUCCCACGAUUUCUAUAUUGCUGGAGAGAGCUAUGCCGGGCAUUAUGUUCCACAGCUUGCCGAACUCAUUGUCGAUCAAAACAAGAUUGCAAGUAAAGAUGCCUAUAUUAAUUUCAAGGGAUUCAUGAUUGGAAAUGCUGCAUUGAACGAUGCAACCGAUGAAAUUGGCAUGAUCGAAUAUGCAUGGAGCCACGCCGUCAUCUCGGACCAGCUCUACAAAAGCAUUAACAAGGAAUGCGAUUUCAAGACUGAUCGCCAGACCAAUCUCUGCAGUUUGGCUCUCAAGAAAUUCCUUGAUGCUUAUUCAGAUAUUGACAUCUACAGCAUCUACACUCCUGUUUGCCCCAGCGAUUUCGAGAAUUCUUCUCCCAAGCUCCUUGUUGCUUCUCGAUCUUUCUCCCAGCAUGACCUGCGGCAUAAGCUGCCUUCAGGUUAUGAUCCAUGUACAGAGGACUAUGCUGAGAAAUAUUUCAACAGGGAGGAUGUUCAGAUGGCUUUACAUGCCAAUGUCACGAAACUGUCCUAUCCCUACACCCCUUGCAGCAACGUUAUCAGGAAGUGGAAUGACUCCCCAGAUUCCGUACUUCCCGUUCUCAAAAAGCUUAUCGCUGCCGGCUUGCGGAUCUGGGUUUACAGUGGAGACACAGAUGGGCGGGUGCCAGUAACAUCGACGAGGUAUACCAUUAACGAACUGGGGUUAACGAUAAAGGGAGGAUGGAGGGCAUGGUUUCAGAGGCAGCAAGUGGCAGGGUGGGUGGUGGAGUACGAGGGCUUGACUUUAGUUACGGUCAGGGGUGCAGGCCACCAAGUACCUGUCUUCACUCCCCAGCAGUCUCUUUCUCUCUUCUCUCACUUCCUUGCCGGUAAAACCUUGCCAGCUGCUCGUUUCUAAAUCUCUCUCUCUCUCAUUUUUCUUAUGCAAUGGAAUUAUGUUGUGAUGAUUAAUGCCA